UUCAAAUCGCUCGAAAAAUGUUUGAAGUUGUAACAUGUUGAAUUGAGAGAUGGUAUUACGAAAUUCCUGGAAUUUCAGGAAAACCGGGAUUUUUUUCAGUUCAAAAAACAACUUCGUUUUUGGUAUGAAUCGGCUACAAAAUGUGGAAAUGGUGGAAAAACUGCCAAUUCAUUUUUAAUUAGAAAAAAAUGUCCCGGAUAACCUGGAAAUUCUGGAAAAUCUGGGAAUUUUUGUCUGAACAGUUUGAAGUUGGGAACGGUUUGAAUCGGGUAAAAAAAUGUGGAAGGUAGAGCGCGCCAAAAUCUGUAGAAGAAGUUGAAUAAAUAAAUGAAUUUUGGUGUGUGAAUGUUUUGGCGCGUUCACACAAUAAGUAGUCUGGAAAAUUGUCGAUGACGUCAUCACGGAGUCGCUUCUUCUAAUCUAACACGGAGCUCCACUAAUCGGUCACGCAACAACAAAGCGCAACUCGCUCCCGACACGAGCCAUCUGGCGGCGUGUAGUAAAAAAGAGCAGGCCACGCCCCUUUGCCGCCAUGCUCCAAUGUGCCAUAGCAACCGGGGCCGAGCCCCCAGUUCCCGCGCAGCCUUCCCCUCCUUAUAUGGGCAGAAGCACGCGGACGCACGGCCGACGUCACGCCUUUUAUGCAAAUGCCGCGAUUGAAGAAAAACACACACCCGCGCGCAUGCGCACGCGGACACACACACAGGGCUUUCUCGCUGCGCUCCGAAAUGGAGGCGUGUAGGUUCUGCGCACGCGCACUGGCGUCCACAACUCUUUUUAGUCCGGCAGACAUCAACAAGAGAGCGGGAUCCAUGUUCGCCAUAUAGUCCCGUUUCAACCGAAGCCUUUACCGGAUUUUUUUUUUUUUUUUUUUGGGGAGCAACUUUACGCAAACUCGCAGCAAGAUGUUUGGCUUUCACAAGCCCAAAAUGUACCGGAGUCUGGACGGCUGCUGCAUCUGCCGCGCAAAGUCCUCCAGCUCUCGCUUCACGGACAGCAAGCGCUACGAGAAAGACUUCAGGAGCUGCUUUGGACUGAGUGAAACACGGUCCGGGGAAAUCUGCAACGCUUGCGUGCUCCUGGUGAAGAGAUGGAAGAAGCUACCUGUGGGAACCAAAAAGAACUGGAACCACGUGGUGGAUGCUCGAGGAGGUCCAAGUCUGAAGUUGACCUCCAGGCCCAAGAAGAUCAAGUCCAUGGCCAAGAAAGCACGCCCGAGUCAGAUCAGCAGGCUGCAGAAAGAACUCAAAAGAAACAACUCAGACGCCCACAGCACCACGUCCAGCACCUCCCCCGCCCAGUCCCCCAGCUACAGCAACCUGUCUGACGACGGCUCCGACACGGAGCUCAGUCGGGGCUCCGGACGCUCGCCCGUUUUCUCCUUCCUGGACCUCACCUACUGGAGAAGACAGCGAGUGUGUUGUGGAAUCAUCUACAAGGGUCGCUUCGGGGAGGUACUGAUCCACCCACACCUCUUCAAACCCUGCAAGAAGCAGAGCAGCUCAACCAGGACGAGGACGAAGAAGAGGAGGAGGAGGAGGCGGAGGCCGACCCCACUCAGGUGGCUGUCAGUCGGAUGUCGCCCCCGCCCGACCAGCAAGCCAAGGAGUCGCCCGCCUGCGGCCCGAGCGCUGCCACAAUGUCCGAAAAAGUCUGGUAAUCAUCUCCGAAGAAGAAGAAAAAGUUAGUUCCUUUUUCCAAGAAGCACUUACACGAAGGAGUCGCCUUCUUCCACCAGCAAGCAGCUGAACAUCACAACCAUGCUGGAGGUUUGUCCUCUUUAGUACGUCUUUGACUCUCACUCUUCCAGUUCUUUCCUGUCUUUACAUGCACCUUUACUUUCAAGUCCACAAUGCAAUACAUCCCACUUCUUCCUGGAGACGGUGCUAGCUUUUAAGUUGCGUACAAAUGAGCUCCUCCUGGAGAAGAGUCAGAAUUUACAGUGGAUUUAGAAGGUGAACAAAUAUCGAUAAUCUUAUUUUAGCAUUAGUGCUGACUCAGCAUGGUUCAUUCCCACUUUCCCACUCAUGCAUGCAUUUUCAGACUAAAGGCUGGCUGAUCAUUCAUUUGACCUCAUUUCCAGGACCCCACAAUAACCCAAAAUGGCAGAAAAUGCAUAUUUUUCGGAAAAAAAUACUUAUUUUUGCUAAAAUGUUGUAAGGGUGACCCUUACACAAAAAUGUAAAAAAGUGUCUUGCUUCAGCAGCACAAUACUGGUCCUGUAGAUGUAAGAGACGUCUCAAAACCUCAUCAGGAGUCCCUACAAAACCUGUAAAUGACAGAAAAUUUAUAUUUUUUUGAAAUUUUUUUCGCUAAAAUGUUGUAAAGGGGACCCUUACACAAAAUGUUUUAAAAAGUGUCUGGUCCUGUUUUUGUAGGAGACGUCUCAAAACCUCAUCAGGAGUCUCAACAAAAUCCGAAAAUGGCAGAAUUAGAUUUUUUUUUUUAACAAAUUUUCGCUAAAAUGUUGUAAGGGGGACCCUUACCCAAAAAUUGGCAGAAUUUUGCAAGAAAAACUGAACAUUUGUGCAAUAUUAUGAUAAAAGUAGAAAUUUUACUCAAUAACAGUCUCAAAACCUCAUCAGGAGUCCCUACAAAACCUGUAAAUGACAGAAAAUUAAUAUUUUUUGGAAACUUUUUUCGCUAAAAUGUUGUAAGGGGGAACUUUACACAAAAAUUUUAAAAAGUGUCUUUCUUCAACAGCACAAUACUGGUCCUGUAGAUGUAGGAGACAUCUCAAAACCUCAUCAGGAGUCCCUACAAAACCUGUAAAUGACAGAAAAUUUAUAUUUUUUUGAAAAUUUUUUCGCUAAAAUGUUGUAAAGGGGACCCUUACACAAAAUGUUUUAAAAAGUGUCUGGUCCUGUUUUUGUAGGAGACGUCUCAAAACCUCAUCAGGAGUCUCAACAAAAUCCGAAAAUGGCAGAAUUUGAUUUUUUUUUUUUAACUAAUUUUCGCUAAAAUGUUGUAAGGGGGACCCUUACCCAAAAAUUGGCAGAAUUUUGCAAGAAAAACUGAACAUUUGUGCAAUAUUAUGAUAAAAGUUGAAAUUUUACUCAAUAACAGUCUCAAAACCUCAUCAGGAGUCCCUACAAAACCUGUAAAUGAGCGAAAAUUAAUAUUUUUUGGAAACUUUUUUCGCUAAAAUGUUGUAAGGGGGAACUUUACACAAAAAUUUUAAAAAGUGUCUUUCUUCAACAGCACAAUACUGGUCCUGUAGAUGUAGGAGACAUCUCAAAACCUCAUCAGGAGUCCCUACAAAACCUGUAAAUGACAGAAAAUUUAUAUUUUUUUGAAUUUUUUUUCGC